AGUUGUAGAUCUAAGCAAACGUUGAUCUGUUACUUUUGCAGCAUUCAUUAGAAAUUUUGACACCGCCGGCAAAACGUGCGUAUCUAAAGGGUCUGAAGCACCUAAAUCGAAUUUUUGUGAAAGUAAUUUUCGUAAUGCAGCAAAAUCGCAAUCAUCCCGUUUCGAGACAAUCGAGUGAAGGUAACAAUCCGGCUGCCAUGACCACCGGAUCGUUUUACACUCCCGAACAGCACUAUCAGCAGCAAUUCUCAAACCAGCAACCGCAGCAAGUUCCGGGCUAUUCAAUCACUCCAACUUUUCCGCAGAGCAUGCAAACGGCAAACCAUCAGAUGCAAGUUUCACCCCUGGGACAAAUAACUGCCGUUCCGCAGUCACAGCAACCCGGAGCGUAUCAAUCUUUCGGAUCCGGCCAGUACUUUGUUGACGCCGCCUGUACAGUUCCGGUCGGUCAGCAACAACCGCAGCCCCUUAACAAAUUCCCCGGUCUGACGAAACAAUCCGGGGGUUGCAACAAUCCCAACUGUACCCAUUGCAGCAAAUCUAUGACGGCGGGUUCACCAAGUCAAAGGCGAUAGCUUUCCUGCAUUGGUUCGGUUUCCAACCGGAAAAAUCACUUCCUGUAAAAAAAACUAAAUUUAUUUCAAUAAAACUGUUUCUUCCGUUUUUUCCUUA